AUGGCUACCUCGCAGUCGACGCAGACCCAGGCGCAACAGUUACUGCCCAUAAUAUUGGAUCGACGGGCAAGAGAUACGCCGGACAAUGUCUUUGCCAAAGUACCAAGGUCUCCGACAUCAUACCGAGAUGGUUUCCGCGCAGUCAAGUAUUCUGAGCUUGUUAAUGCCAUCAACCAAGUUGCGUGGCUUAUCGAGCAAGGGUUUGGCAAGGGAAAUGGUUUCCCCACGAUCACUUAUCUUGGACCCAGCGACCUCCGUUACUCAAUCGUGGUAGUAGCUGCAAUCAAGGCUGGCUACAAGACAUUUCUGCCCUCACCAAGAAACAGUAUUAGUGCUCACAUUUCCCUACUCUCCCGACUAGAGUGCUCCCGCCUCGUGGUCACUAACCCGGAACUGCCUUGCGUUGCUCAGAUUGAAAGCGAGAUCACUGUACAGAAAUUUGCGAUUCCGUCCCUCGCCGAUCUCUUAGACCUCGAGCUGGUGCCCAACUAUCCUUACUUCAAAUCAUUCGACAUCGCCAAAUCAGAUCCUAUUUUUAUCCUACACACAUCGGGUUCAACAGGGAUUCCAAAGCCUCUGACAUACACCAACAGUUUCGUCAGUGGUAUAGCAGCAAAUACUUCGCUAGCACCCCCUUAUGGCUAUCAGAUGCUAGACAGGCACUUUCGUACAGGAUCCUUUUUCAUGACUCUACCUGCAUUUCACGUCGCUGGUAUUGGCUUCUCACUUAUUGUGCCAUCAUUUCAAAGCAGCGUUCCAGUAUACCCUCUCCCCACUGCGCCGCCUACUACAGAAGGUCUUCUGGAAGCGGCGGGUAAAACCGAAGUUGACUGGGCAUUUGUACCACCUGUUGUGAUUGAACAGCUAGCCCGGGAUCCUGCAUUGCUAGAUGAAGCUGCCUCCAAGCUCAAGUACCUCUUCUACACUGGUGGCAGCGUCUCUCAGGCAUCAGGCGACGUUGUCAUACAGAAACUAGACAUUUAUCAAUGCCUUGGAUCAAGCGAAUGUGCCACGUUUCCUCUGAUUCGACCAUCUUCCGAUGAGACUUGCACCGAGUGGAGAUAUAUUCAGAUUCAUCCAGCUGUUAAACACGAAUUCCGGCAUCGGUUCGAAGAUCUGCAUGAACUCGUCGUCAUUAAGAACGCCGACCACGAGCUGAACCAGCCGGUAUUUGGACAUUUUCCAGGCACGACCGAAUAUGCCACGAGGGAUUUGUUUUUAUCGCAUCCAACCAAGCCAGGACUAUGGACUCACAAAAGCCGCAUUGACGAUGUUAUAGUGUUCCUGAAUGGCGAGAAGACGAACCCGAUCUCGUUCGAACAAGCAGUCAGUGCACAUCCUGAAGUAAAAUCCGCUCUUGUUGGUGGUGCACAGAGAUUUGAGGCGUUUUUGUUGAUCGAGUUAGUCAACCCUAAGAAUAUGAAUACCGACGAACGCCACGAGCUCCUAGACCGAUUGUGGCCAAUCAUUGCAGAUGCCAACUUUACUGCACCAGCCCAUGCUAGAAUCUCCAAAACUAAAGUCAUUUUCUCGCGCCCGGACAAGCCCUUCCCUCGAGCUGGUAAAGGAACGGUGCAGCGAAGAGCUACCAUGGACUUGUAUCAGGAACAGAUUGACGAGGCAUAUGCUGAGCCGGAAAGAGAUGGAACUCUUUCACCUCCUGUGGGCGUCGACUUCACUAAGCCAGAGACUCUCAAGGCUUUGGUCGAGUCUCUCGUGAAGCAGAUCACGAACUGGACUGAUAUCAGCUCCAGCGAUGAAUUCUUUGGUCGGGGUAUGGAUUCGCUGCAGGUUUUGAAGCUCACCCGAGAACUCAAAACCACGUUUGGAUUGUCCAAUCUGGCCAUCCGUAACAUUUACGCCAAUCCCACCAUUGAGCUUUUGACACAAGCAAUUUCCAAAGUAGCAGUCGGAGAAACCGAGGGAUCAUCUCCAGAAGACACUGACGGCAAGGUGCUAGAGGCGACAGUUGAAGCAUACUCGAGACAUCUCGACAGAAUGUCCGCGUCCAUCGCCUGCCAAGGCGAUGCGACUGAUGAGAGAGACAGCAAAGGCAGGGUUGUAGUCCUGACAGGGUCGACUGGGACGUUGGGCUCUUAUCUUCUUCAUCAAUUCGUGGGCGAUACAGAGGUAUCUCACAUUGUGUGCCUGAACAGGUCAACAGACUCGCGUUCUGUCCAACAGACCCGAAAUGCCAGCCACCAAUUAGACACCGACAUAUCUGAGGACCGUGUUUCGUUCUUCACGGCUGAUCUAUCAAAACCAAGCUUUGGGUUGACUAAAUCCGAGUACGACCACAUAUCAACCACGGCAACCGAGAUUGUACACUGCUCGUGGCCCGUCGACUUCAAUAAGAGCUUACCUUCGUUCCAUUCGAGUCUCGACGGGAUUGUAAACCUGGCAGUGUUUGCUGCCACAGCGAGGAAGUCACCAUCAUUACUCUUUAUCUCUUCCAUCAGCGCCGUCAGUAGCUACUCUGGUGGUCCGAGGGCUGCUAUUCGGGAAGUACCCGAGACGAUCGUUAAGGACAUCACAGCGCCAGCACCCAUGGGUUACGGCCAGUCCAAGUACCUGGCUGAGCGCAUUUUGGAUAUGGCAUCGCAUAAGUUUCGGAUUAAAACCGGCGUCGUGCGAGUUGGUCAGAUAUGUGGAACAAGUUACAAUCUGCCAGGGUGGAGUAGAAACGAAUGGUUUCCCAGCCUCGUCCUGAGUUCGCAGUAUAUUGGAGCGUUGCCUGAUUCCCUUGGUUCCAAGAGCGCAGAGUAUCCUGAUGGGGUCAUGGGGACCAUCGACUGGAUUCCCGUCGACAAGUUACCUGGUAUUAUUGUCGAACUCUUGAAGAGUCUAUCUUACGCCUCGUCAAAGGCAGGCGCACGAGUAUUUCACGCCGUCAAUCCACGUACAACAGGAUGGAGGAAUCUUUCAAACGCGGUCCGCCGAGCUUUAAUGCAAAGAACGAAUUCUCCAGAUUUGAAUGAGACAAGUAUUGUGACAUUUGGAGAGUGGCUCAGUCGUCUGCAGUACAGCAGCAAAGCCGGACAGGCGAAGGGAUACGAUCAAGCGAAACUAGCUCAGGAGAACCCGGCCAUCAAAUUACUUGGAUUCUUUGAAAGUCUUGCCAUUCCAGCUCCGCAAUCUGAGGCCGAUGCCGCCCCUGGAGGUCGUGGUCUGGCACGGCUCGCUCUGACUAGCACCCUCCAAGCCAGUCCGACAUUAGCUAAUCUGGAGAGCAUUAAGGCCGAAUGGAUGUAUGGAUGGGUUGACCAGUGGAAGUAG